AGAGAAAGAGAGAGAUCGACAGUACAUAUCAUCAGUGUCACUUCAUGUGCGUAUACACAGAGGGUCUGCUCUAACUGAGUGACACGGACGUUACCUGUUUUGAGAGCUCAUAAGACAUUGCAUCUUUGCUCUGAUGUACCGUCCGCGUUCUGACCACAUCCUGCUGGUCCUAUGCCACCUGUUUCUGCUCUGUGUCCAUGGCAACGCUCAAGACCAAGGCCCUACAUGUGAGGUGCGAGUGAAAAGAAACACCAUUUGGAAUGCUGUCCCUCAGAAAGCCCUAACAAUCAACUGCCCUGUGAGACACUGUGGAGAAAAGCUACAUGCCACCUGGUGUAAAUUUGUGGAUCUAUUAAACUGCGAACAGAUACAUGAGACAGAGCAAGUCAGAUUUGGAUGGAGGCAAAAAGAUAUUUUGAUUCUGGAUUUUAAAAAGAUAUCUAUCAAUGACGAUGGUUUGUACAGAUGUGAAGUUGCUGAAAAUGGGUCAACAACUGUUAGCCAUGCUAUCAAAGUCUCUGUCUCAGAUAGCAACCUGGAGAUUACAAGCACAGCAGACCACAACACAAAUGACUCAACGGGUGCAAAGCGUGAUAGGAAUGAUCCAAGCUUCAUGCCUUAUGUUUCCAUCUGUGUGGGAAUAGUAGUCCUGGUGGUCAUUGUGACAGCAUUUUCUUUCUUCUGUCUACAUGCAUAUAAAGGACCAAGCAGGUCAACCGAAAAUAGAACAAAGAAGCAGGAGAUGUCCACACUGGCAGCACCAUGUCCAGACCUCUCCUUCAACCCCGAGGGAACCUUUCCACCAUCACCAUCCACCCCAAACCCCGUACAACCUGCCAAUCUCUAUGACAACGGUCUCUACUGUAACCGCAUCAAUGGGGAAAAUGGAGCUCUACCAUCCUCCAACAACAGAGCAGGAGGUCAAGUGUCAAGCCACCUUGUGUAUGCUUCCCUGAACCACGAGACCACCAGGGGGUCCCUGAGAUCACCCCAUAUUCCGACCCCGCAGGAUACGUUCUCUGAGUACACAUCCAUCCGGGUCUACUCAGCUCUGAGAGAGACCUCAGCCAGACCCUAACAGUACAGUGCUGUAAGUUGUGUUCUUUGAUGGUUGUUUUCACACAGAGGAAGAGGAAAGCUGAACAUUUUUGACAUUUGACUCAUCGGGGGAUCUGUUUUCAUAUUAUAUUUUUGGGGGGCACUUUAUAUAAUUGUCACGCACUCAAUGACACACACUUCCUGGUGUAAUUGGCUGAAGUGAUGUAAAGCUCGCUGCCAUUGGACUCUGGAGCAGUGGAAAUGUGAUCUCUAGAGUGAUGAAUCACGCAUCACCAUCUGGCAGUCCGAUGGAUGAAUUUGUUUUUGGGGCUGAUUUUAAUAGUCCGGGCCAGCAAAAUUGCUGCAGCAAUGUCCCAACAUCUAGUGGAAAGCCUUCCCAGAAGAGUGGAGGCUGUUAUGGCAGCAAAAAGUUGACCAACUCCAUAUUAUGAUUUCGGAAUGAGAUGUUCGACAAGCAGGUGUCCACAUACUUUGUUAUUUUAGAGUGUAUUUUAAUGAUAAAAUCCAUUAGAUAUUUUGGUGAUUAUAAGUGAGGAUAUAAAAGUGGGAAAUGAUUCAUACCUAACA